AUGUCUGCAUCAGAUUUAAAACAUGCCUUGAGGAAAUUUGAAUUUCCAGCAUGUGCUAAAGAGGCGCUCACUAAGAUUGAACAAUUAUUAGUAGGCCGAGCGGCACCCACUAGUAAACAACUCGACAUAGCAAUGGACAUAAUAUCGGAAUUCGUAUUUUGUGAAACCGAUCGGAGAAGUAACCCACGUCGAGGUCUUAAUCCUCUUCAAGAAUUACAACUCAUUGAUAUUAUAUGCGAUUAUUUAUGCGCUUGUACAAAUGAUACAACUAAAAAUACAAUAUUUCUAUCUUUAUUCGGUGGCAAGGAGAGUCAGAAAAAAUUAAAAAUUCUCAGUAUUCUAGCAAGUAUGGCCGUAUCGGCGUCAAGUACACCAGUUUUACUGGCUGUAGGUGUGUGGCUCCAACAAAUGGGUUGUUCGUCUUCACAAUCCCUGCAACUAGCAGAGAAUAUUGUUAGGGAUCACUUCUACCUCAACACAUCCAAUCAGAAUGUUUUAAAGACACUAGCAACAGACGCUCCACAGUUUGUUUCUAAUUUUAUAACUGCUGUCACCGAGUUAUAUCUUCAUGACAUACAGAAACCUAAAAAAAUGCCCCCCAAGAAUCUCUUGGAAGUAAUUACUUCUUGGGUUUAUACAAAUCCCUCUCUGUGUAUGUCGGCACAACUCAACCCGGCUGCCCUGCCGAGUGGCUCCAUUCCAAUGGCUGCUGUUACUCCUCUGGCUGGAUUAAUACACUGGUGUGCACUCGCACCACUCUAUGUGGACGAAGAUUUAAUUCCAGACAUUGACACUGAUCCUAUACCUAUCAAGAAAAUCAAACUUGAAGAAGAAAAACAUAGUAUUGUAAAGUCAGUUCCAAGUAAAUCUCUAUCGGAGACAGAGUUGUAUAUCAAAUUGCACCUCGGAGUCUUACAUAGUUUACGUGCUGGCAAGAGAACACAUGGUCCUCCUACGGCGGUGAAUGCACAGCAUCUUGUUGCUUUGACUCCAAUAGUGCAGGCCUAUGCACAUAAUUUAAUAAAAUGUGGAGUUAAAUUCCAGUCUGACAAUAGGUUACAGGACUGUUUAGAUCGAAUUGGCCAGGCUGUUCAAGUAGCACUUGCAAACGGAUGUGUGUAUGGAAAUAUAAACAAUCUCCUUGCCGCUUUGAAUUCUUUACCAGAGAACAGACUGCUCUGCAUCAUUAUAAAGAGCCAUCACCAGUCUAUUUGA